AACUACAUUUAUUAGACAUAUAACUAAAAAAUAUGUCCGAACCAUCAUCACCACCCACAGUUUUUUAUGAGAAUAAAGUGAGAGUGUCGUCGUCUCCUCCACCAGAAGAGAUUCUACCCAGUAUUACUGGAAGUUGUGGGUUAUGGCAAAUAGCCGUAAUUUCUAUCAGCUUAAUUUUUCAGUUCAUUAGUUUUACGGAGCAGUUAUCUAUUAUAAUAUCCUUACCCUCUCAAGUAAAUUUUACUUGUGCUGACGGCAACGGCAGUCAAUGUACAUCUGCGAAUGGUACUUCGUGUACUAAUUUCGUGUUUUUUAUACCGUCAGGUAACCUGGCCACUUUUACAGAAAAAUUAAACCUGGUUUGUGGUGAAGGCAAAUACCCUACCUUUGUAAAAGGUAGUUAUCAGUUCGGGUUGACGAUAGGUUUUUUCCUAGCUGGUACCUUGGCGGAUAGACUAGGUCAUAAAAUAACAGCAAUGAUUUUUAUACCACUACAGUGCCUGACAGGAUUGUUUAUGAUUAGCGUAAGCAAUAUUAUGCUGUUAGUUGCUUAUAUGUUAACACAUGGAAUUGUUUCGAUGGCUAUAAGAGUGGUAUCAAUUUUGACAAUUUGCGAUACAGCUGGAAAUAACUGGCGAACAUUUGCUUUGGGACUUAUAUUUAUACCAAAGUCGAUUUCUGUUAUUAUUCUACCCUAUUAUGUUGAUCUUUUUUCAAAUUUUGAAGGACUCCUCGCUGCAAAUUCUAUUAUACCACUAAUACUAUUAAUUCCUUUGCUGUAUUUUAGAGAUUCUCCAAAUUAUAUUUGUCUAGUAGAAGAAUUUGAAAAGAGUGAAAAAGCCCUUCUCAAAAUAGCAAAAUGUAGUAAAUAUUCUAUUCCCCCUACUACAAGAUUAAGACCGGUUCAUGUUGUAGUUAGUACAAAUAUUCCUCAAAAAACAAAAUUUUCAAAAAUCUUGCGACCUAAAAAAGUGAGGAGACCAUUUAUAGCUCUGGUAAUUUUUUGGUUUUUCAUGGGGUACAUCAAUAGUAAACUAACCCACUACGCCUAUCAGAACCUAACCUAUUCCACCAUAAGCGGCUUGAGUGGUUUAGCUGGCUGCAUAACGUCACUAUGUUUAUGCCACUGGCUCUCUCAGAAAAUGGUGAUGGGUACUUUUGAAUUUUUGAAAUGCUUGAGCAUUGCUGGACUUUGUGUCUAUGAUGUACACUUAAAAAAUACCACGGAUACAUCUUUUGUUGUGUUAAAAAUGGUUAGCAUUUAUUUUCAAACAGUUUCUAUAAGUGUAGCAGUUAUAAUCACACCUCGAAUGUUUCCUACAGAACUAAGAGGCAACUGUUUCGGUUUGUGUGGAAGUGUGUAUCAUUUUGGCGGCUUUUUAGAAAAAUUUUUAAGUCAUUAUGUUCGUAAUGCCAUUUAUGUCACCGGGAUUUUUUUAAUAAUAGCCCUAAUUAUUGAAGCAUAUGCCUGCUCCUGGUUUUGGAAAGUACACAACCGCGAAUUACCAGAUUUUCUGGUAGACUGCAUUAGAUUCCGCAAGUACUAUAAACCUACGAGAUUUGUAGUAGUUUACAACAACGAACAACAAGAGGAAAUUGAAAUUGAGCUUGCAGACUGAAUAAAUCAGACAAAAAUUUAUAUUUCUCCCAGCAACAAAAAUGAAACAGUUUUAGUAAUAAUAUAUUGUUAUAAAUUGGAAUGUAUUGUUACGAACUAAACCCAUGGUCAGCCCCAAUACGAUAUCCAUGGGUUUUGUAGUUACAUUGCCGCAAUGACCGGAGAUUCAUCAUCGGCGACGGUCGCGUUCGCAUAAAGAAAAGUCUAGAAGCGGUUCUUCCGAAACUCAAGGUGGCGCGCUCCAGAACAACCUCGAAGCAGCGAUCGUGAACUAUCCAGAAGGAACACGUAGCUGUUUAAAUAAGGAGUUUCGUCGGGAGCGAGCAAGUCUAGUCAAAUCCAGUCCAGUCGAUGAAUGAGUACAAGUCAAGUUGUGUCUGAAUUAUUCUCUGCACAUUAACGCUGUAUAGUUCAUUUUGUAUUAACUGUUCAUGAUUGUUUCAAAUUCGUGUUAUCUAUAAAAAUCUGACACUACUGUGAUAUGUCAAAAUAAACAAUAUGAAUAG